AUGGCCAACCGCUUGGCUAAACCACAGAAACUGCACAGAAUGACAUGGGAGGAAAAAUCACCAGACAAAACAAACCCCCCACCUGAUUUUGAACGUUCCAGAGAUGAGGAAGAUCAGCUGCAGAAGGUCACAAUUGCACCCGAGAAUGAUGACUCCAAGCGCAUUUCAAUUUUUUGCUCUGCAUGUCAACAAACAAUAUAUCCAUACCAGCUUCUUUAUCAUAAAAAACCCCACAAAGCCCUAACUUUGCUGGGUUUUGAUAGCCCACAUUCGAAGACUGACAACAAAACACUUACAGCCCAGAGACAGAAAAUAAUUUCAAAAUUGACCAAGAUUCCUAAAUAUUCUGAGGCACAUAGGCAGAAGAUUGAUAAUUCAUUUGAAUUGCUUAUGAAUAAUCACAGUCCUACAUCAUAUUGCGAUCUUCCUAAUAUUCCUGGUACCUUCCAGAAAGUAAAUAAUUCUUUAAUAAAAGCAUUAUCAAUUUGCCAAGAUAAAAACUCCAAGUGGCAGGCAGACAUGGAAGACAGAUUCAUUGUGCUUGACAGCUACGGAAAUCGGCCAGAUACAUGUUUUCUGGGGUUAGUUGACGGCUCUCAUGGUGUGGCAGCAGCAGAAACACUUGCAGCCGAGCUUCCACUUCUAUUUCUUGACCAGCUUGCUCAAAUGGAUUCCUCCUACAGAAAGAGUGAGGAUGAACAGCAAAUUCUGGAUUCUUUUGCCACAGUAAUCAAUGCAGAUUACAGGGAAAAAGAGAAGAUCUUCUCUGAUAAACCAGGCAAUGAUGAGACCAGCAAGACCAAUACUUACGAAUGGAUUCACAAAGCAUAUGCCAAGUCCUUUUGGAGAAUGGAUAGACUGUUACGACUGGGAAGGAAUGAGGUUUCCAAAGUUCGCUGGAGUGGCUGCUCAGCUGUUACCUGUUUGGUGGAAAGAAUCCCCAGCGAAGAGACAGGUGGCACUGAGGAAGAAGAAAGAAAACGUUCUGAAAACACCACACACACUCCAUUAGCCAGGACAGCCAAAGGUGUUGCCGGGUUACUGCACAUUGCCAAUGUAGGUAAUGCACAUGCAGUCUUAUGUAAAAAUGGGAAGAGUCACUGCCUCUCAAAAGAGCACAGCACUUCUAAUGUAAGCGAGAGAAAACGCAUACUUCAGAACGGUGGAAACAUCAGCACUAAUGAACCAGACGGAUUAGUAGAGGGGCACCUGAGAACAACAAGGGGUCUUGGACAUCAUGGAGAUCCAGUACUGAAAAGAUCCGUUAUACCUGUACCUCAUACCAUAUCUGUCCCUAUUGAUGACACUUGUCAGUUCCUUAUUUUAGCUUCUAAUGGGCUAUGGGAAGUUUUGGAUUACAGUGAAGUACUUGCAUUAACUCUAACAACAUUCACUCAUUAUUUGAGAAUGUAUGACUGUGUUCAACAAAAUGGAACUUCUCUGUGUAAGUGUCAGUAUUUGAUGCCCCUCACUGCAGACUAUUUAAAUGACUCAAAGGCUAUUGAUCUGCAAAAUGGAAUAGAGGUACUGUAUUCCAAUAAAGAAUUUUUUCUCACUGACUCAAAAGGCAACCUGAAACAAAAUAAGCCAAAAUGUUCUAGGAGGAACUAUUCGCAAAGUGAAAAUGGAGCUCCUACACAAACUGAUGACCACAAAAAUCAAGCUGAUCCCAAACCGCCUCUUUUCAGUAACCAUGAAGUAAAUUCACAGAAUAGAGAUAUAAAACUGUCCGAUUCUAGCACACAAAGUAGUUCUGAAGAACUGAAACAGUCUGAGGACAGAAAAGUGUGUCUAUGUAACAGUCCUCCACCACAGUCACAGACUGCAGUGCAAGAAGAAACAGACACUGACACUUUCCAUGUGACAGACCCAAGUUGCACCCACGAACAGCUGCCAGAUAAUGUACUGGCAAUAGGGUCUAAAGACAUGAAACAGUCCCCAAGAGAUACAGAAAUAUGCCUAUCUAAUUAUGACUCAAGUCCACAACUAGCAGAAAAGAUGGACUCCAAGUUAUUUUGUGAAAAACCUACAAGUCACACAGGUCAAGAAGUGCUAAAGACUGUAUCACCAGUGGGUUCUAAACCACCACCACAGUUUGAAGAGGACACAAAAAUGUACCUGUGCAAUUGCAAAUCACAAACUGCAGGAAGAGGAAGAGUCACCUCUGAGACACUCUAUGACGACGCUGCAAGCUACAUUAGUGAACAACUGGUGAAGACUGCAUUAGCUGCAGGUUCAAGAGAUAAUAUUGCUAUUUUGAUUGUACUUCUAAAUGGAUGCGAUAAGAUACCCAAUUACCUCAACAUUUGA